UGGACUGCUUUGUAGGCCUUAUCGAUCAGCCAGCCAACAAGCCGGUCAGCAACCGCAUCAUUGGAAUGAUUUCACGAGUUGCAUUUCUCAUACGAGUCAUUCCCUCGCACCACCAUGAUUGCGCCGCAGAGUGACGAGGAGACACCUCUUCUGCAACUACCAGAGCAGCCAACGGCCAAGACACCUCUUCCCUGGGAUCGAUUUUGGAUUCUGCUGCUCUUGGAGGUGCCAGAUUUUCUUUCUUCUCGGACCCUUGCCCCGUUUAUACCCCAACUCAUUAGAAACAUUGGAGUCACUCACGGAGACGAAUCCCAGGUUGGACACUAUGCCGGCAUCCUUGUAAGCAUGUCUUCAUCGUUUUUGCCCUUUCGUUCAGUCCAUGAUGCUAUUCUCUCCAAGAAUCAUCGUACUAUGCAGCUCAUACCCUGA